AUGGCAAGUGCAGCAGACAUGCUGCUGACAGACUUUCAAAACACUCAAGCUUACUUGAGGUCCCAGAGAAAUGUCCUUCAGAACGGACCAGCAUUUGUUGGCGUCCUUGCUCAGCAAGCUGAGCUUUGGAAGGUCAGGCUUGAAAGCGCUCAUUUGACCAGUGAUGCUCACAUCACGGUCCUAGCCACUGCCCUUGGCGCAGCGGUGGCAAAGGGGCAAGGCACCAAGGGUGCCCGCAGGCCCAACCAAAGUUUGUUACUUUGGAACAAGUAUUUCUCCCAGAAGGAUUGUGCUGUGUUCAGUGAUACUUCGGCGACACUGGUGCAAAAGUGCGAUGUGGUGGCAUCAAGGAAAAUCAAGCGGCUUCUGAAACAAAGGGUGAAGAACGCUAGCAAGCCAAGCCCCUUUCUGGUGGAAUACCCACCGAGUCCGUUUGACUUGCCAGAAGGCCUCAGAGCAAGAGCGUAUGCAGACGAUCCACCAUGCCUGAUUGCUGUCGAUGAGGCCUUGAACCGUGUCGUCUCUCUGAGGAAGACCAACAAAGGAAUGGAUGUGAAUAGCCAACAAUCCCAGAGCCAGAGCCAGGCUGAAGUGAUGGCAAAUACCUUGAUGUCUGUCAUGGCAAUGAUGCAGCAAGGGGUACACGGCUCAACCGGACAGCAUCAGUUGCCAGGGUUGACUCUUUUCAAGCCGAAAGCAAAGGCCACCAAAGCUUUGGGUGAUGCUGCGUCUACCACUCCCACCACUCCUGCCACUCCUGCAGGUGACCAAACUGAUUCGCAGGAAACCAUGGAGCCUGCAAAUCUUCCUGUGCAAGCUGCCCCUUCCAAGCCAGUGCCCCUAGCUUUGCCAGCACCAUCCAAUGCAAGCGCUCUUGUGGAGCCAAAGCCUUUAGAGCUCCCACCUGAGCAGCAGGUUGCAACGGUUUUGGAUUCCAUCAAGGAACGCACUGCUGGCAAAAAGCGAGCCGCUGAAGAGGACCCUCAGGCACCAAGUAAACAGGCCAAAGGUAAGGCAAAAUGCAAGUUAAAGGCAGCUCCAAAGCCUAAGCCAAAGGCAAAAGCCAGUGGCAAGGCAAAGUCAAAAAAGCCUUCUGUCAAGGUGGCUGAUGCCAACGAGCAGCCUGCAGCAGAUCAUCAACAAGAGCCGGCCAUUGGUUUGGGGAGACCGCCAUGCCCAAGCGCACCGGGCCUUGGAACCACUUACUUCAGGGGAGGCAAGAUCCAGUACCCCAAGAACGGCAAGGAAAUGAGGGUCUUUCGCAAAGUCACUGACCGCAAUGAUCUCAAAGUGAAGAUUCGUGAUGGCUGUGCUGAAGCUGCUUGGGAGAAAGCUUUGAGCAUCAUUGAAGAUGCAAAUGAU